AUGCAGAGGAACCCUCGGUGCCCCCCCACCCUCACCCCCUACCCAACGCUGGCGGGAGCGCGCCCAGGCCCGGCCCGUUACCUCCGUGCACACCUGGCGGGCUCCCGCCCCGGCUGGGAGGAGGACACACCUGUUGCGGGGAGGAAAGGCUGGAAGAGAGGGGCUCUCCCUCCGAGGACUCCCCGGCGCCCUCCCGCAGAGGCCGCGACCAGCCCGGCGACGAGGGUGACGUCACGCGGCCGCGAGGCUGACGGUUGCCAUGGUGAUACCUGGGCUUCCCUCCCUCUAGGGCGAUCCGCGCACUCGGAUCCCGCGUCCGGAAGCACUGGCACAAUCACCAGACGUAGAGAAGGGAGCCGAGGAGGUUACACUUCCCCAGCGCCAACCUCUUUUCACGCCUACUGCCGCUUCAACAGCCACUUCCGGUCGCGCGGAGAGAACCCCGCCCCCGCUCGUGGGCAGCGUUCGGCCGUGCCGGGCAGACACGCAGAACUACGAUUCCCAGAGGGCAUCACGACGCUGAACCCCAUUUCCCAGAGGCCUCAGCCAACGUGGCUCUCAGACCGGUCCCGGAGGCCUGUGUUUUCUAAAUGCUGGAGGAACCUGGGAGGUGUGGUGUCGGCGUUUUGCUCCGGGCACUGCGUGGUUUCGUCCUCCGUCAGCCGGUCGAGUGGAGCCCGACGCCGGGUCGCCAGCGUGUCCCUGGCACAGGAGGACCCCGUGGAAGUGGGGAGGGUUUCUGUGUGUGGUUCCCCAGGCACUUCCGAGCUGUGGACCCCAGCUCUGGGGUGAGGGCCAAGGUCAAGUUAGUCCGUCUGCUGGCCUGGCCAACGGGAACACUGAACUUGGAAAUCCUAACACGGAGUAAAUGGAAAACAUCCACACAGGGAAAGGAACUAUCAACUGGAAGCCUCCAAGAGCAGAUGUCAGGAAGGAGCUGAGGUCAAGAACAAGCUCUCAGUAGAUGGUAAAAAGACAUUGCUUGAGUGAAACAGGAUAGAAAGAUGUGGAAACCAGCUGGAAAAACAAAAAACAAAACACGAGAAAGACAUUCUAGAUGAUAAAAGACAAAAAUAUAUACCAAGCAUAUUUAAAAUGAAGCAACAUAAAGUCAUACUGGAGAAGAACUGGAUCAACUCUAUGAGAAUUGAGUCCAUUAUGUGUAGUAGAAUAUUCUUCUCAAGCUCUUCCAUGACUCAGAAGGAAAUGAUAAAUGAAGUAGAAGAAAAGAAAGUGCUAUCUGGCUAUCAGGAGAGGGCCAUACAAAAUCAACUAUGAUUUAACACUUUCUAUAUACCAGGCACUGUUCUAGGUGCUUUUUGCCCUUUAAUUCCUAAAACACCCAGUGAAGUUAUUUCGGCAUUAUUAUUCCUACUUUACAACAAAGGACUUGCCCAAGAUCUCAUAGCCAAUAUAUGGGGAAGUUGGGACUUGAAUUUAGUAAUCUGAUCCCAAAGUCUCACUAGACUCCCAAGUAAAGAUGAACAAUUUCCUGAGUUUAAGAAUACAUCUCUCAUUCAUUGCUGUCAGGAGGACUCUGGGAGACAGUUUGAAGUUUCUCAUAAAACUAAACAUACUCUUAUGAUCUAGCAAUCUUACUCCUUGGUAUUUGAACAACUCAAUAUAUUUACACAAAGCCAGCACACCCAUGUACUGAACACUCCAAUUUGAGAACCACAAUCAUCACCAGGAUCCCAGAAACUCCUCCCAAGGGUAAUUAUUAUUCUGAUUUCUAACAGGAUAAGUUAGUUUCACCUGUUUUUGAACUUUCAAAAAAUAGAAUGCACUACAGUCUGUAUUCCUUUGUGCCUGGCUUUUCCUAUUCAAUACUGUGUGAGAUUUCAUCCAUGUGAUUGUGUAUUCUUGUAAUUCCUUCUACUCUGUGUUGUGAAAUUACAUCAUAUGAGAAAAAAAAAAAAAAAAAACUCAGUUUGUCCUUUCAACAUUAAAUGGACAUUUGAGUUGUUUCCAAAGGUUUU